AUGCCCCGCCCCAAACCCACCCCCCGACUGUGCAAUGGUCCCCCAGCCCCCCCAUUGCCCCGGCUGCAGGCAUGCAGGCACCGCCCAGGUCAGCGGGCAUUGCAGGAGAUCCACAGGUGCCAGAGCAGCACCCACCUGCUGCUGCACCCCAGCCCCUUCGCCCGCCUGGUGCGGGAGCUCUGCCUGCUCUUCACCCGCGGGGUGGAUUACAGCUGGCAGUGCAUGGCCCUGCUGGCGCUGCAGGAGGGAGGGGAGGCCUUCAUAGUGCGGAUGCUGGAAGACGUGUACCUGUGCUCACUGCACGCCCGUUGAGUCACCCAGUUCCCCAAGGAUCUGCAGCUCCGAUGCCUGCGAGGAGCUGAGGGGGGGCAUCUGAAUGGCGACCCCCCUGACACCCUGCACAGACUCAACCCCCCCAGACCCCUGAUCCACUUCCCCAAGACCCCCCACAUGGACCCACCCAAUGACUUCCCCCUAUUGGACUCCCACCUCAGGAUCCCCAGCAACCCCUUCAGGGACCCAUCUCAGGGUGGAGGUCCCCUUCCUUAG